UAUGGUGUAUACAGAGGUAUGAUACUAUACCACUGUAUAAUUCACUGACUAACCAAGCGACUAGGGAUAUAACUAUCGUGCAUUAGGUAUAGACAGACACAUAUAUACUUGUAUACAUAGGUAGGCAAGCAGGCGGACAGCUGGAGGCAAAAUUUGAACAAAACAGAAGCAGAAAUCACUUCUGCUCCAUCCUCUGCUAACAGACACACCAGUAGCAGGCCUACAACUUAUCAAAUGUCAGCGUUUCUAAAUCUGACAGGUUUUUGGAUUUAGGCUGCUCACUGAGAGUCAGGGAGAGAAGUCAGUACCUUAUGAGAGUUUUAACACACAGGAACAGCUAGGAGUUUGAUCGUGCUACAAACAAAUCAUAUAUAGAGGUUUUCUACACAACUUUUUAAAAACUUCUAAGAAAGUUUUUUUUUUGUACAAAAGUUUGUUCUUUCUUUAAAGUUUUCUCACUUUUAAAGACGAUUGUGAAAGGAGUUUUAUUCAUACAAAGAUUUUUACCAUUACUUGUGAAAAAUGGAAGAAAAACUUUUAUGGGACAGAACUGGAAUAGUUUACCUGUGAGAAUAACUUUUUUUGGAUUCAAAGUUUUUUGGAUUUUCUUUUGGAUUAGUUGAGUUGGAGUUGAAAGUGUGAUGGAUUAAUUCUGUAUUGGAUUUUAUUGCAACUGAUUUUUAAUGCAAAGAAAUUAUGUUAUGAAAAGAGGGUGUUCAAAACUAAAAAUUGAAAACUGUCAGUUUAUUGGAAAAAGUUUUUGUUAUUGUUGUAAUAUAUAAAGGAUUAUUGUUACGGACUCUGAUAUUAAUUGGAAAAAGGUGUGCAAUCCAAAAAAUUUAAAACUCUUACAAUUUAUUGGAAAAAAAAGUUUUGUUAUUGUUGCAAUGUAUUAAAGGAUUAUUUACAUACUGUUACAAAUUCUGAUAUUAAUUGGAAAAAGGUGUGCAAAUCCAAAAAUUAAAAAACUUAACAACUGUUGCAUAUUUAUUAGAGGUUCUGAUGGUUAUUGGAAAAAUUGAAAUUACCACCAAUUUAUCUCCAAUUGAAUGAUGACAAGUUAAAUUAAUUGGGUUGAGUAUUACACACUGGUUUAAUUGCUUUCAGAUUUAACGAUUAAGUGAUUUAUUAAUUGAAUCUUUCUGUGCUUCUACUCCAGCAUAUCAAGGAUAUAAAUACAAUGUUAUUUGAAGAACGUGGAUAUUUUCCAACAUUUUUUGCAUGUUUACGUAAUUCCAAUGUGCGGAAAGGAUUUUUUAUGUAGAUCUCCUGGACCUAAAAACUCUGGAGCAAAUAAUUACAUUGCGACUUUUGGAAACAUACUAUGGAUUUCAUUAUUCUUAAAGUAAAUGGCCAGGAUCUGUCUAAUUCUACACACGAGGAAGCUGUUGAUGCUUUCCGCUCCGCCCAGGAACCGAUAGUAGUGGAAGUUUUACGUCGUGCUAAUAAAAACAAGAUGAAAAGUAGAUCACCGACGUUAGUAUCUAUAGGAACGCAGACAGAGGAGGAUUUUUAUUGUUAUAACCGUCCACCCACUCCACCUCCUUCAUUUUAUCCGCAACAUGUGCACGGAUUAUACCAGCCUUCCUCCAGACGACCGGUCGCCUUUUCACCAAGUGCCGAGAUGGGACUAACAGAUAUUGAGAUGUCCCACAAUAUGGAGUAUGAUGAUCCCUAUUUUGAUGACCGACAUUAUGAAAUGGAAUAUGAGGAGAUAAUUUUAACAAGAACAUCUGCUGAAGAGAAGUUAGGUUUAACAUUAUGUUAUGGUUCAUUAGAAGAUGAAAUAACAGAUAUUUUUAUUAGUGAGGUUGAUCCAUGUAGUAUAGCUGGUAACGACGGUCGAAUACGAGAAGGAGAUCAACUUCUACAGAUUAAUAACGUUGAUGUCCACAGUCGUGAUCAAGCUAUUAAACUAUUUUCUGAACAACAUGCAGAUAUCUCCUUAAUUGUAGCUAGACCUCAUUUACAGUGUGAAGAUGUAUAUAUGGAGAAUAUGGUUUUAGAUGAUUUACAUAUGGAUUUAUUAGAAAAACAUCACCAUGACAACAUGCAGUUUAUGGCAUCCAUGUUAGCCAGGCGGCAUCUAGAUGAAGAAGGUGGAACGACAGAUACAGCAACAACAGAGAACUCUUCUAAUAAACAGGAUAAAGAUAGUGGUGUUGGUAGAACAGACGAUAGUAUGAAAAAUGACGAGAGUUCGGAACAGGAAACUUUUGAUGCUGACUGUAUCACACCUCCUACAAAUUUGAAAUUUCGUACAGAGUGCCGUUUAGAUAAAGAAGAACAUCAUCAUAGUAAUGAAAGCUUCACAUCGAAUGACCCAGAGUACGCGAAUAACGAAAUAUCUGCUGAGGCUUGCGACAAGUUUCGAAAAGUUCUAGAGAAUCGUUGUGGUAGCAGUAGUUCUGAAAGCUCUCCCCGGAAACAGUGUAUGCGUAAAGAUUCUGAAAGUAGUCUGGAACGUGAGUUAUCCAUGUUGAAUCACGAAAUGGAAGAGAUUCAGUUCGAGUGUCAGGAAAUCGUCCAAGCACAUCUUAAAGAACAAAGCAAGAUGGUCAAACAAGAAUCGCAGAAGUCUCCGCGAAUUGUCCCACGAAUGGGAACUCGAUUAGAUUAUAUGAAACAAAUGCAUGCAAUGGAUUUAUCAGAUUUUUGGAUUCGUAAGGGUGAAUUGUCAAAUGUGAAAAUGGGUCAGCAGCCAUCGCGACCCAUGCUUGAGAAGGAUAAAGAUGUGUCGACCACCAGUGCUUAUAACACGGCUGAAAGUUGUCGUAGCACUCCCUUGACCCUGGAAUUAAACCAGGCCAGUGACGAAGGGGAUAAGGGAUUCAAAAACUCAAUGCUUUGCUUAGCUGUGAAUGUGCCGUCGUCCAGUGACACAGAAAAACAAACUCAAACCCCAACUAAAGCACGCGAUUAUUCUAGUGACGAUAGUGGACAUGGGCUUGGAACUCUUCCAACCCCAAAACUCUGUGUCAAAGACCCUAAAAUGCCGGAAAAGGUUUCCAUGGGAGAAUCGCUCCAAGAUUUAUACAUGCAAUAUGCUGAUGUCAUGUAUACAAACAGAGCUAACUUAGAACACACCAUUGCUGUGCAACAAAAACUCUUUCAGCAACAAAUUGAACAACAUCGUGGUGGAGGUCAAAGGUCAGCUGCCGUGACCCCUAGUAGUAGUAAAGAUGUUGGGUUAUCUGGUAACGAUGCCAGUAAAUCGCCCAAUACUAAUUCUGAUGGUGCAAUGGAAUGGGUGGUGAAACGACGUCCAGACGGUACACGUUACAUCACACGACGUCCAGUACGCAAUAAGUUACUCAAAGAACGUGGAAAGAAAAUACACGAGGAGCGUUUAGGCAUGACUACUGAUGACGACGCCAUGAGUGAAAUGAAGACUGGACGUUACUGGAGUAAGGAAGACCGAAAGAAACAUAUCGAACGAGCGCGAGAUUAUCGCAAAAAGAAAGAAUUAAUUCAGAAGGAACGAAUGGAAACCUUGAAGGAAGCUGAGGAGAAAAAGGAAGUGAAUAUUGUUGAACUCAGUCAUCGAAAGAUGAUGAAACACAAAAAUAAAAAAGUACUCGAUAAUUUUGUGACAGUUCAAGAAGUACUUGCUCACGGUAGCCGAGUACCUGAAGGGAAAGGGGGAAAUCCGUUGCUAUCGGUUACCACUGUAUGAUAUCAUAGUUAUUUAUAGUCAUGUGAUCAUAUAUUGUCCAAUCGGGGAUAAGAACAGUUUAAAACGAGAAUGACCAAGCCUAUUAAAUCAUGUUUAGAUGUAUGUAUAUUUGAUGAUAAAUAAUGAUAGACUUGAUAGGCAAGGCUACAUGUGUGUCUUGUUUAGCCAGAUUUUAUUUAUCUGCUGCAUAUGAUAUUGACUGUAUGUUUAAAUCUGGUUAACUGUGACUUCCAUGAUAUCUGAGACUGGAAAUGAUAUGUGUUCCUUAUGAUAAUAUGACAUUAGACAAGAACAUCCAGUAUCUAAAAGGUCAACUACGACAACAUUUCGCCAAAGAUACUUUUCUGUCCACAAAAUUAAGUCUGGGAAUAACUUCAAAGGAAGAUUUCGUCCACAAAGCCACGAUAAUGAACGCUUUUUACCGAUCUGCUUUUUGUGUUUUAUGAUUAUUAGUGUAUAAAAAUCGAUCAUGGAUGCUAAUUAGUGAAACUGUUGGAUGUAAUAAAAGCUGUGUAUGUAUACGUGUUAUGCAUCAGUUGGCCAUUUUGUGAAACAUUAGAGAAACCCUGUGAAACGUAUUAUAUUUAACAAUGGCCAUGUGCUUGCCUCUCGCCUACAGUGGUAUGAACACAAGUGUAACUGUUACAAAUUUGAACAUAUGCGUGUUUGGUCGUAAAUUUUUGUUCACAAAUGUGUAUUCUUGAUUUUUAAUCGUGAAAAAGGUUACUGAAUAAAGACAUCAUUUCUUGAUUCUUUAAGAAUGAUUUUCUAUCGUGAAAAUGAUACCAAAUAAGGCAUUAUGUCAUAUUGUCAGUUAGCCUUCAAUGGUCUGACUAUUUAUAAGACAAUACAUGAUUAAUGACUAACUUUAAAUACCCUAAUAACAAUAAUGGAAUAUAUUAAUUGAAUUAUAAUUAUUAUUUUUCCCAACCGUUAGGAAUCUGUUUAAUUUUGUAAACUAUGUGAAACGUGGUCAAUAAGAUGUGUAUGUAUAUUAGUAAAAAUUAACGACUGGUUAUUGACGCCAUGUUUUUCGUUUAUUGUUUCCUCUGUUACACAGUCUUUGGCUACCAAUAAAAUGAAGGGAAUUAGAAAUGGGUCCGUCCCUGUAGUGGUGCCAGAAUGAAGAUGCUACAUUGUUUGUGCAACCCUCCUCAAGUCUCACAAUAGCGACCGCUUCCUAAAGGUCAGAGAGAAGAGGUAAAAGUAUGGAGACAGGUUGUUUUAGCAUUCUUCCUCAAGCCUGGCAGGGUAGACCACUUCCCAAAACUUGAGAAAUUCGGGAGCAGGUCCACCAUAUAGGGUAGCCAGAAUUGAGAUGCUAGGUUUUUUGAGAACCCUUCCUUAAAUCUUUGAAAUUCGUGAAGAGAGGUUAGGUACAGACACAAUGACCCUUCCAGAAGAGAGAUAUUUGGUUCUUUGGACAUACCACUUCCCUAAAAUUCGGAAAAUAUGUUAGGUUUUGCUGAGUGAGACCCAUCGUUUUCCAAAUCCUAGCUACAUCAUGUAAAAUAUAUGGUAAAGUACAUGAAAACAUUAACACUUAAACUAAAGUAUUUUAGGAAGGAGCCAUUUCAUUGGCUGGAAGCUUAAAUUCUAGUAUGAAUAUUAGCUGCGGAGGCUAAUUUGUUAAUAAAACGAUUAGAUAAAUCGUACAGUGCAAUAUAAAAAAAUUGAAAUGACAAAAUAUUAAUUGUGUAUUUUCUCCAUUUAAGAAUAUGAUAAUGUUAAUAUAUAUAUAUAUAUCAUACAUAAAAAUAUAUAUAUAUUACAUAUUCUAUCAAAUUAUUAUAAAUAUAUAUAUAUAUAUCUUGUAAACAUUUAUAAUACCCUAUUAGUGUACAUCUCAUAUAUACUGAUUCAAAUAUCUUUAAUUUAUUCUUGUAUAGACUCAUUUUUUUUCUGCCUUGUAUGAAAAUUAUGCUAAAAUAUGGAUAUUAAACGCAAAGCAAUAUCGACCACUAACAAAACGAAUGUUUGAAUCGAUUAAUUACCAUCUGAUUGGUUGUAAUAUAUUGCCAUCUAUAACUGUCUAAUCAGUAAUAAGUACGUAUUUAAAUUAACCAAUGAAAGAUCAAGGAAUGUAUUAAAUCUUGGCAGAGGCUGUCUUAAAGCAUUAUAGACCCCCAGGCAGAACAGUACAAUGGGGCUCCAACCUACGUACUUGUACAUCUACACACAGAAAUAAAAAUGGAAAAUGGUUGAUAAAAUUAAACAUAUAUUUAUUGUAUUAGUACUUCCAAUAAAAUCAGUGUUUAGAUAUUAAAAAUAUGACAUGAUAUACAGUAAAGAUUUACAUAUGUGUAUAAAAAAGAUUAGCAUGGGGCCUCCCGCGGGAAACUACCGUGUGUACCAAUGCUUUAAGACAGCCCUGUUUCUUGGUAGAUAUAACUGUAUCCAAUCAGAAAUAAGUAAAAAUAGAUGUAAUAUUUAAAUUAACCAAUAAAUGAUCAAGGAGAACUAUUAAUUCUAGAUGUAAGUAUUUUUGGUAUUUUAUCAUGUCAAGACAAAAUGUUUUCUAAAUUCUGCUAAUUUUCCAAUUGUUUACGAGAGAGUUUGUAUUUGUUUUCUUGGUAAACAUGAAAUAUUAAUUGGAUGUCCAGAAUUCUUUUUGUUCUUUUCGCUGUGAGUGAUAAAAGAAAUGAAAUAAAUUAUUGUUUUGU